AUGAUUAAUAAUCCGUUGUGUAAUAACACAAACAUUACAAUUGAUUCGGCAUUUGUGGACAAAUACUCAGAUUUGGGAUCAGAUGUCAUCACUUUGUUUGCGAACACCACUGCCUAUCAAUUGAUUGUCGAAACAACGGAUCCAAUUCAUCCAAACUUCAGAUACAAAAGAUCCCAAUCAUUGAAUGAGUGGUCAAACUAUGGAUCCAUAUCUCCGCCCAUCGAUGUUGUGUAUUACAAAUUUAUCAACCGAUCCAUAAUUGCAUUGCUAAACUGUACUGUACACUUCAAAAGUGUACGGUUGGUCACACUACUAUCAAUUGACUGUAAAUACAACGGAUCCCAUAAAUCUAUUCUUCAGACACAACAGAUCUCAACCAUUAAACAAGUGGUCGAGUGUUCGCCUAAAGGGUCCCAUUAA